AUGUUAGCGCAAGAUAGUUACACAGAGAAAACCAAACCACUACAAAAGGCUCUCAGUGAAGGCGUCGAGGAGCCUCGUCGCAUAACACUCAAGUACUUCGAAACAUAUCAUUUCCGAAAGAACCUCGUGCGGAUAUGGUAUAUCCCUAAUAAAGUUUCCACCGUUCUCACAGCCUGCGAAUGGUUUCAUGAACCUAAAGUGCUGACCUCAGCGGCCGCCAGGUGGGCUCUUCCGGUUUGA